AUGGAUUUAUCUUCUGUCAGCGAGGAGCUAGCGGAGAUCGAUGGACAGAUUAGUGAAAUCCUCCGUAGUUUAUCAAAUGGAUUCCAGAAGUUGCAGAAGAUCAAGGAUGCAAAUAGGCAGAGCAGACAAUUGGAAGAGCUUACGGAAAAGAUGCGGGAGUGUAAGAGGCUUAUUAAAGAGUUUGAUAGAGAAGUCAAGGAUGUUGAAAGUAGAAAUCGUCCAGAUGUCAACCGGAUGCUCAACGAGAAAAAGCAGUCAAUGAUCAAAGAAUUGAAUUCCUAUGUUGCUCUCAAAAAGCAAUAUGCAAGUAGUCUUGAAAACAAGCAGCGGGCUGAUCUUUAUGAGGGUCCUGGUGAAGAGAAUGUUUUGUUGGCAUCCUCCAUGACCAACCAAGAAUUAAUGGAUCAUGGAAAUCGGAUGAUGGAUGAAACUGAUCAGGCCAUUGAGCGCUCAAAACAGAUUGUUGAACAAACYAUUGGGGUUGGAACUGAGACUGCAGCUGCUCUCAAGGCUCAGACAGAGCAAAUGAGUAGAAUUGUCAAUGAGCUUGACUCCAUCAAUUUCUCAAUUAAGAAGGCUUCUAAACUGGUUAAAGAAAUUGGUAGGCAGGUUGCAACUGACAGGUGUAUUGUCACAAUGCUCUUCCUAAUUGUCAUGGGAGUUGUAGCCAUCAUUGUUGUGAAGAUUGUGAACCCAAAUAACAAGGACAUUCAGGAUAUUCCUGGACUGGCGCCACCAGCUCUUAGAAGGAAGCUCCUUUGGAACGAAGAUUAG